AUGAGAGCGGCACCUCUCCGAUCAAUUCCAGCAGCUCCAUCGCCAUCGCAUUCCGCGCUCGUCUUCCUUCUCGGAUCUGCCCAAGCUCCGGAGCAUCCAAUCCUCCACAGCGAUUUCUCCCGCGACAAGCUCCUCAACGAUCAUCUCCUCCGCCUCUACGGCAAAUGCGGCUGCCUGGACGAGGCAUGCAGGGUCUUCGAUGGCAUCCCCCACAAGGACGUCUACACGUGGACGGCCAUGAUUGGCGCCUACGCCCAGGCAGGCGGCGCCAAAUGCAUCUUUGACAAAAUGCCCGAAAAGAACGCCGUGACAUGGAACGCGAUGAUCACAACAUAUGCCAAGGCAGGGCAUCUGGAAGAAGAAAAGAAUCUCUUUGAUCGAAUGCCACACUGGACGUUGAUCUCGUGUAACAUCAUGUUGGUUUCUUACACCAUUGAUCAUGAUCUAAAAUGUGUUCUUGAUCUGCUCGAUUCCAUGCAGGAGAGAAACGUAUUUACGUGGAACACGAUGAUCACUGCAUUUGCCCAAGAAGGGCAGUUGUAG